AUUAAAUAUGGGUAUCUGUACAUCUGAUCCUUUACCAGGAGGUAUAGAAUAAAAUGAGACAAAGCCUGAAGAUAUUAAACCAAUUAAAAAUGAUUAAAACUUAAAAUAAUAAGAAAAAGAAGAAAACGAUGCUGCUGUGAAAAUUUAAAGUGGUUUAAGAGGAAAAAAAGCCAAACAAGAGCUAUAAAAAAAAAAAGAAGAACUGGAAUAAGAUAAACCUAAAGAUUGGGUUGAACAAAAAGUAAACUUUGAGGAGCCAGCUUUACCAACAGUUUUUAAAGAAAGAGUCAACUAUAAACCAACAAAUGAAGAUCGAUUCUUUCCUCCUUAUUAAGGACCAGAUGGAAGCAUUUACAAUGGAUAAUGGAAUAAAGGAGAAGUUAAUGGAUAUGGAUAAAUGUUAAAACAAGAUGGAUUAUAUCUUAAAGGUUUAUGGAAAUAAAAUAUAUUUUAAGAAGGAGGAAUACUUUAUCCAAAUGGAGAAUAUUAUGUAAAUCUAAUUAUAAUAUUAAUUAUAGAUUGGGACAGCAAAUUAUGGUGAACGAUUUUUUAAUAAUGGAGUAAUUUAUAAAGGAGAAACAGAUUUUGGAACUCCACAUGGUUUGGGUGAAGAGACAAAUCCAAAUGGAACAAAAUUUAAAGUUUCUUAUUAAAAUGGAUAAAAGAUUGAAUCAGAUAAUAGUCAUUAAAAUCAUUGAUUUUGGCUAAUUUGAAUUAUAAAACAAAAAUUG